CGCAUUUUUAACAUGAACUUUAGACUUCUUAUGCAUUUCAAUUUUUUUCCCAAAUUACCGUGUAUAAAUCGUGUACUUUGCAAUCUAGCUAUGCAAACGGCUGACCUUUGCGACGCGUAUGGUGAUUUGCUGCAAUAUGUGGAGCCCAUAUUCCAAGAUUUUGGUAAAAAGUCGGUGUUUGGAGGAAAAAUUUCUACAGUAAAAUGCCACGAAGAUAAUUCCUUCGUCAAGUUAGCGUUGAGCGAGUCAGGUGAGGGUAGGGUUUUGGUUGUUGAUGGAGGUGGCUCCAAAAGAAGAGCAUUACUGGGAGAUAAUGUUGCAGCAACUGCUUUCAAAAAUAACUGGAGUGGUAUUAUCAUCUAUGGUUGUGUUCGAGAUGUUGUUGAAUUGGAAAGGAUUGAUGUUGGAAUCAAAGCUCUUGGCUCAAUCCCACGUAAAACUGAGAAGAAAAAUGUCGGCACAAGGGAUGUUCCAGUCAGCUUUGGAGGUGUUACAUUUAGACCAAAUGAUUAUGUGUAUGCAGAUAGGGAUGGUAUAGUUGUAUCCAAUAGAAAGCUUACUUUAGAAGGUAAAUUGUAGGAAAAAAUUUGUAUAAUUAAUAAAAUUCAUUCUUUCUUUAAAA